GUGGAGCUGGCAGGGGAGCUGUUGGGCAUCUACGCCAAGCGCAAGACUAGCAUCUGCGAGCGGACCCUCAUCGUCAGAAUGAAGAAAUUCAAAUCGGAGUACUUCAAGACGAGGCCAGAAAUAUUUAAGGAUGCCGUCUCCUAUGGGGUUAAGUUCGGAAAAAUGUGCUUCGUGAUUUACAAAUCAAAAGCAGAGGCCGAGAAGAAGUUGGCCCAACUACAGAAAAGUCCAGAGGUGCAAAUUGCAAGGCAGUGGGACCAGCGGGAAAUCGUUGCAACUGUAAAUCCAUACACAUUGUUUGUUGAGCAUUUACCAGAGGGGACUACUGAGGAGGAAUUGCAGGAAACGUUCCCAACUGCCACAGCCAUGCACUAUGAUGCAGGCAAACGCUUUGUCAACCUGGCCUUCUCAACCAAAGAGGAUGCAGAGACCGUCUUCAGAAAAUCCGAAAAUCUGAAGAUGAAGGGUGCGGGGAUCACUGUACUGUUCGGCAAAUAUGGCUACAACUGGGAACGUAACCCAGGAAAAGAACAGAAAAGCAAUUGAAUCUAAAUGGAUUGAAGAGUAGAAACUAAAAUAAAGAGGACACUAUGUUAAAUCUGAGUAAUUACGUACUCACGUUAUUGUUUGUUAAAUGUGAACGGAUGUGAUGUAUUUUUUUUUUUUCCCAUAUUUUUUAUGAAUGAACGUUAAACUUCAA